AUGCGGUUCCUCGUUCCUGCUGUCGUCCUUGUCGCAGUUGUCUCAGCACAGAACGACCAUUGUGCGGUAAUUAGUGGCCAAACAUGGGUUACUCCUGCCCAAGUUCGCGAGUGCUAUAGGUCAUUUGCUGUGAAUGAGACAGAGAAGGCCAAUAUCAUUGAAGUCAUCAAUAAAACACUCUCGUUUCAUACAUCUGUGAGCUAUGAGGUUCAAGCUCCUUGGCCUUACUCGGAUACACACGAAGAUAUUCUAGCCGACCUUGCACGCAUCAGCUCGCAGACAUACGCGUCAGAUUAUGAUCUUCAUGUCGAUCUCUCCCUUACUGUCAAGAGGCUUCAUGAUGGGCAUUGCGUUUGGGUCAACUAUUGUUACGACUCGGCCUUCGUUAACUAUCUCCCUAUUCCCCUUGUUCUUCUGAAUGGAACCGAUGUUCACAUCGCUCUUGAGGCAUACAACGUAUCAUCCGUCGAAUUCGCCGAGGUAAUACCUGUGUGGGAACGCGCACUUAUCGGAACCCUCGAUAGCGGUCUUCAAAAGCUGAAUGGUGCCAAAGUUCUCAAGAUCGAUGAUCAAGAUCCCUUUUCAGCUGUGAAUGCGAAUGCCGACAUUGCUGGUGGCUUCCAAGCCUAUGGGACGCGUCAAAAUGGUUUUUUCUCGAGUUACCAACGAUCCACAGCCAGUUGGAGCUACGUGCUAGGUAACUUUGCUCAGCAGUCACUGCCGCUGAGUGACUCUGUCGAACUCUCCGUUCAGCUGGUUAAUGGAACGACAGCAAAUGUUGUUUUACCAUACCUGUCCCGCAUCAGUUCCAGCACUGUGAACUUUACUUCAGCUGAUACGUAUCGCUCCGGCAAUUGUCUCGCUGUUGUUGGGACAAACGGAGUCAACUAUUAUGAGAGUACCUUAUCAUCCACUCUAGCUGACCCACUGGUAAAGGCUCAGCAGGUUCCUGGACAAGCUGUUGAGCGCUCGAGAGCGUUAAACAUCAUGCUCGACAGUGCUCCGGCCUCCGAUAUCGCCCUUCCCACUCAGCUACAACCUGUGAAUCCAGUGGUCGGUUUCGGUGAAGGUCAAUUCUAUCUUUUAGAUGAUGGCGUGACAGGGGUUCUCGCGUUGGGAAGUUUCUCAGGAAAUAGUUAUGACGUUAUGAUGCAAGGUCUUUUAGAUGGGCUGGUCGAACUGAGGUCGAGGGGGGCACAGAGAUUGGUUGUUGAUCUGACGAAUAACGGAGGAGGUUAUAUAUGUGGUGCUCAUUUCCUACACCGAAUCAUUAUCGGGCCUACGAGCACAACAGAACCUCAAGCUGGAUUGAACACAACUGCGCGAGACCCAGAACUCGCCCGGCAGGUUGUGCAAACCAUCGUUGAUUCUUCUGGUACCGUUGAUCCGAAUACGAUUCUCCUGUAUAAUCCUCUCGGGUGGCACGACAUCCAUAAUGAACAGUUCAAUAUCACCGAUAACUGGUUAGUUCCCCCAGUGGCGAAGGUCAUCAAUAGACGAUCAGAUGCAUUCAGUCAGACACUGGGGUCCGAAUGUCCACCGGCCGAGUACACGACUCCACCUCCUGACGAAGGGCUGUUUGAUGGGUCACAAGUGCUGAUACAUUCCGGUGAUAGAUGUGCUAGUUCAUGCUCUCUCUUCAGCGUAACCAUGGCCAAACUCGAAGGUUCCAAGACCGUUGUCGUCGGCGGGAAGAACGAUGUAGACCAAAAGUUCUGCGGCGUGGUAGGCGGACAGAGCACGGACUUUUCUACGAUCGACAGUGAGAUCAAGACAACAGGUUUGAAGAGCAAUAGCCGUGCACCACCCGACUUACUCGUAAAUGGAGUGCAAGGAAUUACUUGGCGGCUAGGUUAUGGUAUAUGGAACCCGAGCGAGCCGGAGGAGUGGCAAGAUCGUCCAGCAGACUAUAAUCUUCCAUUGACGCUAGAUCUGGCCAAUAAUCCAACCAAGAUCUGGGACAAAGUUGCCAGUCUCGUGUUUUAG